GUUCAAGUCAGCCUCUACUUAACAACCACCCCCAUGGGAGUUCCAUGCUGAGCGCUGACCAUCCUACUCACACAAGUACUCAGUACCCUGUAACCGUAAAACUUCAAAGGUGAAAAGCAUCCUUUCGAAUGCCAGGAAACCAUGACUUGCAUUCACAUCCGAGUCCUCCAACUGGCUCAAGACUUGUACAGAAGAGGUUUUUGGUGACUUCUCGAUCAUCAUCAAGCAAGAGUCAGCAACUCGAUUCACCCAACACUGUCACAGAAGACGUUGACAACUCGCAAGUCCAUGCUCGUGUUCCAUCCGGAACUUCGACUUUGCAACUCGCCGGUAUUGAGAAGGGCAACGUCAGUAACUCGGUUUUCGAUCAAUAUGGUGCAGAAUCAGAAACUUGGAUGGGAGAACCUCCAGUUGACUCUCCAAGGUCAUACACAAUUGAAGAGCAAAGGCCAGCGCGGUCAGUGGCAGGUGGCAGCCCUAUUUUGAAAAAGAAAUUCUCCUCUGCGUUUUCCCAAGCUUUCAAGGCAUCAAGCUCAUCUUCCACUACGCAACCGCCCGUCACGGAGCGAUCUGACUCAGGGAACGCUCCGACUCGAACCUCCUCGAAGGUCCGCUGGGAACAGAUACGGCAACAUGUUUUGGCAGCACCCCGUUCAGCUUCUCCUCCUCCGUCCGCGCAGAUUUCUCAAAGCCCUUCCCGACCACACACGCCCAAGCCAUCUCGUUUUGCGCGGCUUGGCUUCCGACAUUUUGUGGAGCGUGCACGCGAGGCUGCAAUAGACGAGUCCCGUCGAUUUGCAGAAGAGCUGCUCCAAAUUUGUUGGUCCUUUCGUGUUCCGGAUCUGUCACUUCAGAGUAAAUAUGAGCGAGAUGGGCCAUUGGGCACAAUUGGCUCUUCGUUAUAUCUCCCUUUCGUGUCGAGUGGGACUCUGAGCUCCUUCACGACUGGGAGUACUAUGGUGCAGACUCAGACAACUCAAAAAGGACACUAUAUCAAGAGACCUUCCUCCACAAUUUCAGGGGGACAGAACUCCUCGCUUGUCAUGAUGCUGCACGAGACCAUCCUUCGUUAUGCGUCGAAGAACCCGAAUUAUCUCCCUCACGAAACUCUUGUUCUUUCCGCUCUAUUGACUCCGUUUUUAUCGAACGAGGACAAUCAGAAUGUGGACAACGAGCGAUGGACCGCAACUGAAGCUUUCGAGGCUGCUGUUCAAACCUGGCAAGCAGCGUCGGAUGAUCUUACUAUCGAGAGAUGUAUUUGGUGUUGCGACGCUGCGUCCAUACCAUCCUCCCUUCGGACUCGCAUUCUCAGCGUUCUCACAUCGCUCCUGUUUCCCCGCACUGGCCCAAUCGAGCUCCCGAGUGCCCAUGCGUUCCUUUCUCUAGUCCAGGCGCUAGCUAUAACGUUGCUCCAGAUACAGGAAGACCGAGAAGCGGCUACUAUAAGAGACAUCAUCUCGAAACUUCGAGACGGGACAUGUGGGAGCAUCGCAGGCUUUCUCGCUGCAGCAGAGAUCGAUGGCUCUCCGGUGAUGCUGGUCGGUGUGCGCCAGUCGGAGGUCAGGGAAGCCUUGGUUAUUGAAGCCUUGGUCAGGUGUCUUGAUCAUGGACCUCUAACCGUAAAGCGGAAGGUCUUGCACGAACUCCUUCAGGAGUUUUGGACUCCUUUACCUCUCACAGGAUCCUUUUCCCCUAUGAUUUCAGCUAUCCGUUCUCGAGCUGUCAUGACAUUCGCUCAUGCUUCAUCUCUCCUUUGUGUAUCUGUACAGUCGAACCAUCCGGACAUGCAGAGCGUUUUGCAUAUUCUGAAAUCGCGUGUCGUUCCUGAGAUGACGUGUCUGGCUGGCAAACAAGCGUCGGAUGCCCGUGCCAGCGUGUCUAGGCUCUUGAUCGAGUUGCUCUGCGUUGAGAGGGUCACUCACGAGAUGUUUGGUGUCAUUCGCGGUCUCACGGUGCAGUUGCUAGAAAUAUCUGAGUGGAAAACGUCGUUGGAAAAGAUGAUGCAACACUGUAUUACUGAGGAUGAAUGGCCCUCAAUAAUCAGAAUUUUGACCGCACUAUUUCACUUACCAGAUGAGCUUCGUGGUCAGCUGCUCACGUGGUCCAUACCGUGUUUGCAAGAGAGAAUAGUCGCAGAUCCGCCACCUCUGCACUGUCCGGAACUCACGGACGUCCUAGACAAGGUAUCACACACAUAUCCUCAAGUGUUCUUCAAACCGGUUUUCGCCUGUGCAGCAUCUUCCAAAGUGCUCACGAUCUGCCAUCAACUUGGAGUUAUUGCUGCUAUCUCGGUGUUCCUUCCCGACUUCUGGACGAGACAUACAGAGAUGAUAUUGGUAGCGUUGAUGAACGAACCCACUGCCAUCUUACAAUCUGGGUCCAAGAGGAAGUGGUCACAAGCAAGGCUUGGACAGAUGAUCAUACUAGUUGAGUUAAUUGCGCGUGUUAAAGCGGUACCGCGAAUCAGUAAAGACUUUUCGCACUCUGAUGCCUCGGUCAUUGCUCCAAUUCAGUUUUUCAGUAUGCUAGAAGCGCGUCUAGGUGUGUUAUUAGAAGCGAAAGAACGAGCUGCCCUGCUACCACUCUCCAUGCGCUUGCUCUAUUUGACCUUGUUUACAGAAAUCAGACUACUUACACGAUCCGUAAAGCGUCCGACUUGGCUACAAUCAGCGAUUGGUUGGCUGCUACAGUUGCAUGUCGGAGAUAUAGUGAAUGAAGAUGAAUCUUCGAUUGUUGAUGAUGGCGUCUUCAGUGACGUCUCGCAAGCAUUGGGCAAAGUGAAAGAUAUUUACGCCUCGAUACAGGAUAGUCUUCGAGCAUCUUACCAGCGCCGAAGCACGAUGCCUCUGUUGUCGAGUGUCAGUGAUGUUUCUGGGGACUGUCCUGAACGUAGGACUAUGCUUAUGGACGUGUUGGACGAGAGAAUGCUGUUGCUAUCGUCCCUACCGCAAUCUUUAACUCGCCAAGUCCUCAAUUUAUUGGUAGUGAUUUCUGCCUGCCUAACAUCAGACGAUUACUUGCUCAUCGGACCUUCCUUGUGGGCACGAUGUUUUGACUGGACGGAACCACAGGCAGUGCUUUCGGCUUCUUUUCUGGUCAUGCAGUGUGCAGAGAAAGUUCCACACAGCAUACUUGAACUCAUCAGGGACGACUUGCGGGAUGAAGACAGUGCUGUGAAGAUCACUGCAAUCCAACGCUUGAACAUGCUGGUGAACAUGCGCUUCCAGAUUCUGUCUCAGCCUUUCUUGUCGGAUAGGGAUCAUCGGAGACCAUUCAAGUUAGCUCGUGACCCAUUGCCAUUUGUUCCAACCGACAUCGGUUCAAGCCUAUUUGUCCUAGAGCAGGAGGAUGAUGGUAAUGAAGAUAUGCCCAAAGAACUACGUAAACACUUGGCCGAAGUAGGAUGGUUGGAUGAAAAACGACCAACAGACCAGAAACGCGAAUGGGUGAGGACACCAUUGUCACUAUUACCUAGUACUCUUCAAGAUCGAAACGCUAGCUCUGCGGAGCGCCUUCAAUCUUCACCCUUAUCAUCCCCAGCAUCCACGCCAACAAAACCUCGUUCCAAUAGUGAUGUUUCCGAUGACCACCUCAGUAGACUAUCGUCAAAUCCUACAAGUCGUGGCAUCAAGCGCCGCGCGGUCUUCGUUCCUGCACUCGGAACUAUCUUUCCUCAACUGGUCUCUCUGACUCUCGAUUCUUGCAUUGACGUCUCAUGCGCGGCCCGUGUCAGCGUCAUGGAUUUACUACGACAUGAACCUGCUCUUCUUAUCCGACCUAUCCUCGAUUUGCUCGCUAGCAAUCAUGAAGAAGCGGCCACGACAGCUAUCCGAGGGUUAUUACAUCUAAAUCAGCACCUCCCCCCCGCCAUGGCUCAUUAUACGUUCAACCAUCUUGCUGGAUAUCUUAAAUUCCUUGCUCGAGAAGUCACUUCAACUGAUGCACUUCGCAAUUUCGCUCUUGCUGCUGCUCUGUUGUCGAACCUAGUCACACAAGUCAGCGAGAUGUCCAUCAGGGAGAUUCGGCGAGCGAAGAUGGAUUGGUUUCUCAUUCCAUCAGGGUCCUUGUGGUUCACGGCGUCGUCUCCAUCUGGCCCCAUGUUUCCAAAAGCUCUGCCUCUUAGUGAGAGUCCAUUCGAGAUCCCUCCAUCAUUGAUAUCAAUCACAAUGAUCCGUGUGAAUCAGAAUCAGUUGUUUCUGUCUAUGUUAAAGCGACAUUCUCAGGACGUCCGAGUCAUUCGGAAGACUAUGGAGCACAUCCUUCUGCCCUCAACAGACGCCUUGUCAACACGCUCUCUGGAGUUGCCAGAUUUUGUACCGCGGCAAUUAUUUGCACAACGGGACGGACCAGAGUCAAUCUUGACUACGCUUUCCCUGAUCCUUUCGCGGAGUCAUCUUCUGCUCAUAGCCCAGAUUUUCAGAUCCAUGUCGAGACACCUUAGUGAUCGCAGCGAGCUGAUCAUCUUCAUAGAUGGUCUAAAUCGAAUCUUGCUCAGACAUGGAGAUGACAUUGGGAUUGUAAGCCAGUCGCUGAUUGCGUUGAUGGUGGCAAGUGCCCGCUUCAGGCGUCUCUUUACGUCUGGUGGAGGUUAUUCCCUCUUCAUGUUAUCUGUCAUGAAAGUGUAUACGGAGCAAGAGCACCAUCGGGGAAUUCAGCAAGCUAUUGAGUAUGCCAUCAGUCGCUUUUACGCCAUUCACCCGCAGUCGUUCGUCUUCCAAACACUAGAUAUAGUGGUACACGCCCUCUUGGAACCGACCUGCAAUAGCUCUUGGCUGGCGAAGAGCGUCUUUCGGAUGUUGUCUUCACUGAAUCGUAACAAUCCGGCAGGUCCAGAUGCUUCUGGCAUUCGAAACAUGAACAGACUGCAAGAGAAAGAAGCAUUGAUGGUCACCACUGCUGAUGAGAAACCUCAAGCAUUCAUGGCUGCUAUCCGAAGGGUUGGUAGCCAGGACUCGCAAGAGUUGAUCAUUAGCCUUCCCGAGGAGUACGAGACGAGAUCAUUUGAUAUGGACAAUCUCGUGCGGUUGUUGUUGACUGUUAUUGGUCAUGAUCCUGCCAUCGCCAGAGCCCAGAAUUUCCUAUCGCUCCUGAAAUUGUUGACACCUGCACUGUACAAUGCUUCCAGAUCGGCCAGGAGCGUGCUUCGCGAUGGCAUUGAUGCAGUUGGGACAAUCAUCCUACGCACAGCUGCGAAGGCCAAGCUUCCUGAACUAUUGACGAUGCAGUCGGUGGGCGGUUUGACUACGGAGAUAUCGCAGGAGGAAGCUGUUCUGGCGGACAAGCUCCACAAGAAAGCGAAGGCCCCCAGUGAUCUCACCACUAUGCGGAUAGAAUAUCUCGGAUUGGCGCUCGCUUUCGUUACAGCUGGAGGACAGCUGCCCCACACCGCAACAGAGAAGAUUUUCGAUAUCGCAAGAAUUCUUCUGCGAGAAGCGUCGCACACAGAAGACGAAGUCGUUGAUUUCCUAUGCCAGUAUUCAAAGGCCAGUCUCGUCGAACGUAUACCUAGUUCCAAGGAAGCAAUUGGACUUCUCGAGAACCUUGCUCCUAUCAUGAGCGCCUAUGCGUCGGCUAACAAAUUUGCUGGUAUUUACGAGGCCAUAUCUCAUCUGAUCUCUAGCAACCAAUUCACCAACGACAUCAUGUUCUCCGAUUUGGUGGUGACGCAAAUCUGCAGGGGUGGGUUGGAGUCUCAAGCAGCCUGGAGCUCUGAGUACAAGGGGUCUUCCAUGGUCUCGCUCCUUGCCACUGCCAUAUCCUUUCGAAAGGCCGACGUGAUUGCUGAGAUCGAAAAACAGUCCCCAUCACAUAAAUUCUUAUCUGGCGUCAUUUUCAAGCUCGUUCUUUCGCUUGAAACGUCUGCUUCAGCGUCGCCGAUGGAAGACCAUGAUGCAUGGCUGCGUGCUGCCCGCACCAGUGCAUGGUUGCGGCUGCUUUCCUAUGUGAUGGCGGCUUGUGAAAAUCCAGGCCGGUUGCGACAAUCAACCUCGCUAGAGCGGAGAAAAUCUGAUGAUAAGCAUCGUUCUGGAUCAUCAAAUAAAGAACAGGUCUUGACACUGGUAGCCGCAAUUCAAAUCAUGAAGAUGAUUAUCGUGAGAGCUGGAGAUGACCUCUCUGCGUCCCUACCUUCAAUAUGGAUUCGUCUUGCUGCUGUCUUUAGAUCUCUGGUUUCUGAUGGAGAUGCACGGUUUGCCCUUGAGUCCUCUGAGCAAUCUGCGCCAUCCUCCCCCAUCCACCCACCUCACUCGAGUUCUAGUAUGACUUCAGUUGAUCCUUUCAUUGCUCAGGAGUCUUUCCUCUCACCGUCGGUAUCCUUUGACGUUCGCCGCCCGUCUCCUCCCCCAGGGAAACCACGAGUAAUCGACUACGUGCUUUGGUCUCUCCUGGAGCUCCUUUCUCGCUACCGCACACCUCUCAUACUCCAGUUGAAGUUGCUCGCACAAGAAAAGGUUGCUAUUCUCGACAAGCAGCUCCGCUGCUUCCAGAACGGUUCUCAUCACUCUUCUGGAAAUAGGCCCCCGUCUAUCUUCUCUAAGCCGAGGAAGAGAUUAUCAAGCAUGCAUUCAGCUGUGUCGCCCUUCAUCAGUUCUCCAUCAGCUUCUUUUAAUACCGGCCAUAUGUCGCUUCAUCCUCCUACACUAGAAUCCACGCCACGCAAGGCAGGGUUUGAGCGCAGUCCAAGUACAUCGCCUGUCAGUGCACAGCCGCGCAUCGUUCACCUCGGUCCUACAAUACCAGACUUACGUCGCUCAGCAUCGUCCAACCAGGAUGUACGUAUGUUGACGAUGUCAACAGUGGUGAAAACUUCAUAUCUUGUGCGUGCCACGUACCGCCGAAUCAGGCUUGUGCAGGCAUGUAUGGGGUAUAACUUGCUGUUACCGCUUCCUGCAGCGUUCGAAAGGCACAUGCCAGCUGCACUUGAGAGUACUGGCACGAUGGAUGAUACGAUUGGGCUUGAAGGGCAUUUGGAAGAGGAAGAAGGGAAGUGGACGAUCAAGCAGGCUGUUGACGCCCUCUUGGAUGAGAUGCAUGAUCUGGAGCUGGAGUUUUGUGGACGGGAAGCAUGGGGGGAGGUAUUGGAUGGGAGUUUGGUAGCAUUGGAGUCUGAUAUAAACGAUAGUAGUACAUUUUGAGUGGACUAUCGAUGACAAACUGACUGUAACGAUAUUUAUGUAUUUCACAGCGCACUCUACAAGAGUCUGAAUACUUUUGCACUACAUAUGUUCGGGUAUCUUGCUUUAUUACAUAGUAGCUAUACAGGAAAAGACCUGAGAAAACACCACCGGGACAAUUUCAACAAGCUUCAACAUCACCUGGUGUCAGCUUACAAUACCAAGCCACCAAGAAAGAGCGCCACCGAAACGCC